AUGGAUCUCUCCCCUCCACGAAAUCAUCCUGCGACCUCACGUGAAGCGGACGCUGAACGAAGACCCGAUAUCCCCGCUAAAGACACUACCGAAAACACCGGUAGCGUCUCCGUCACAUCUCCAAAAAAGAAGAGACUCUGGCCAACAAAGAUGUCAUUUUCGGGUGGUAUUGGUCCUUCGUCUGAGAGCACUCAAGAAGACGCCAAAUGGCCUCCCGAAAAUGAAGCCGCUUUUGUGAGUGUUCUGUUGGACGAAGUUCUGAUGGGAAACCGUGUAACUGGUAAGUUCACACCGAAUCAAUGGACGACCAUUCUUGCAAAGUUGAAGGAGCAGUGUCCCAUUUUCUAUCCUUACAAAGUGACACAACUGCAAAGUAAGUACCAACGAAUGAAGGUGUAUUGGAGAAAGUUUCACAACAUGGUAACCAAUGCCACCGGAUUGAGUUGGGAUCCACAGAAAAAGAUGAUUACGGGAGACGCUGAUUGUUUUACAAAAUGGACUACCGCAAAUCCGAGUUAUCAUGACAUGGAGGGUAAGGUAUGCGUGCACUACGAAGCGUUGACGACUAUUUUCCAUGGGACGACUGCUACAGGCUCGAAAGCAAAGGCAUCGACUCAACGUGUGCCCGAGGGACGUGGUGAGCCAUCUGGAAAUUUCAGCCCCGAUGUUUGUACGCAGCAAGAGGAGGAUCCAAUGGAGACCCCGACAUCUCAUUGA